GGCUGUAGAGAAAGAGGAGCAGACGGGACAGAGGAAUCGAGCACCGGGCAUAUAUUGAUCGACUCUAAUUCGAUGCGUAUAAUUCUAAGACCAACGUUCUGUUGUGAUGAUCGAUGAAGCAUCCCCUGAGCCGUAGCAGAAGAUUGACCACAUCGAGUCUUGGAUUUGUCUUCAGGACUGUGCUAAAUCCCGUGCAUUUGAGAUAGCAAACUGAGGGACCAAACUACAUGACUCGGCUCACACGAUCGUCUCUGGCCUCCGAAGCCAUCGGAGAGUCUGGUUCCUUGUCCUGUGAAGCGCAUAUAAUGAAUGUUGAUUGUCCCAGAGUUGGUGGAAGAACAAAUUAAGGACACAGAAGAGUGAGGAGAACUCGGCUGACCUCUGCUAUUAAUUAGAUUUUGGUCUUCACCCUCCAUCGACUGCCACAAGUCGCCCAACAAAGUGCAAGGGAGUCAGAGACGGAACAAGAUGCUGGCCUCAAACAGGCAAUGCAGAACCAGGAGAGGCAUGAAGGAGCAGAUGGAAGAUGAAAGGUUGUGGACCGUUGCAUGUUUGAGAGGGAGGCUGCUGGCGGAGAGAGUGGCUUCCAAGGCUGCCAAGGAGGAAGCAGAGAAGCUGGCCAAAAGGUUGGAAGAAUUAGAGAGGAAGCUUGAUGAAGAGAUCAAAUGCAGGGACAGGGCUGAGAAGAAGCUCAAGUGCGCCAUAAGGAAGUUGGAGUCUCUGAAGGUCUCGGAUGGCAGGGAUCAAGCGGGCAUUCCCUUGAGCUCCGUGAGUUCUUCGUCCUCACAAUGCUUCUUGGGCCAACAGAGAUUAGACCGUGACAUGUCUGGCUCAGUGACUGCUGAUCUGGUACAUGGCGGUGAAGAUGUCAAAAUCAUCCCGAGUUCUUCAGGAGAUGAUGCCUCGGGGAGAUGGCCAGAAGAAUCGGAUCACCAGCUGGUGUAUCUGAAAGAGACAUGGAUUUCAUUAGGGACUGCGAAAUCUCAAUACAAAGGUUGUAGUCCCAAAGACUGGGCUACUGGUGCUUUGAGGGCAUGUUCUUGCAGUGAUGACAAGCAAGAAACAUCAGCAGACGAUGAGGCGGAAAGCGAAGACAAUGUGCUGGCUCUUGUUGCAGUAAGUAGGCAGCUGGACUUGGAGGCUGGUAGAUUGGAGAUCAAGGACAAUGUGCAGGGUGUUCUUCUCGCUCUGAGAAAUGUCAAAGAGCUGUUGCUGCAGUCUUUAGUGAGGAGAGCCAACACUUUCAAUUAGUCUUCAAUUUUUUUCCCGCGGUUAAAUGUAUGAUAGCAUGCAUAGUUCCCCCAUCAGGUUUUUCUUUUUCCCCAAUAAUUUGGUUUUCUGAGUGUUGUGUUUGUAGAAAUUAUUGUCUCGACUUCACAAGCAUAUUAAUUUUGAGUGACUUGCAGUUCAUUCCAUUGUUGAUCUUCAAAUAAAAAGCCCCGA